UUUGAUCACGUGAUGAACAAAGGCUGAAAGUGAAAGCAGGCGAAGGUCAGGUCUGCGCCGAGUCCACAGACAGCUGCAAUGUCCGCGAUCAGCAGAGCAGAGUUUUUCACAGACAUCAUUCUCAGCAUUGAUGAAACUCCUUUUAAAGAUAAGGGAACAUUAAAGAACAUUGUUGAAAGCAGGAAGGAUUGUUACUCCUAUGAGAAGAAGGGUUCCUGUUACAGAGUGAAAGGAACCUUUGAACAGCUGCACAAACUUGUAAGAAGAUGCCAAAGAGCGACCGAUCAUCACAGUACUGCUACACAUGGACGGACAGGUCAGCACAGUCAUCACGCUUCCACUCGUGUCAAAUCUGUGGAAGUGUCUCGGGUUGUUAUGGACUACAUUAAUAAAAAAUGUGAAGAAAAACUUGGAAAAAUUCUUGGAAACUGUUCACUGGUCCCUGUACCACAGUCUGACAUCACUGCACGGAUUACUUUCAGACCACAGAGCGACUCGUUCCGCCAAGCUGCCUUUGUCAGGCAGAGGUUCAUCACAUUUUACCAGAGAGUUGCGUCUGACCUGCACAUCAUAUCUGUCCCUGGGGAUCUACACGAGCACAACAAGCUGCAGAGAAAAUUCCCAACUCUCAUCUUUGAACCAAGCAACAAUAAACUAACAGUCAUGGGACCUUUUCCACACAUAGCUGAAUUUAAGGAGUUUCUUUGGAAAAAUCAUUCAACCAAGCGUCUGGUCAGCAAAACUCCAACAGACAGUCUGAGCAACAGAAUCUCAGCGUCUUCAUCGGCACACAAAGAUCCUGAUGAUGAAUCCUGCCCCAUCUGUAUGGAAACAAUAGUCAGAAAUAAGAAAAAGACACUGCGGUGCAAGCACUCUUUCUGCAGCGACUGUCUGGAGAAAGCUUUUGUAUACAAGCCAGUCUGUCCCACCUGUGGGGAGUUAUAUGGCACUCUAAAGGGGACACAGCCUGAUGGAGGCGCUAUGGAGGUCACCAAAAACACUUCACCUUUGCCUGGUUAUGAGAAGUAUGGAACAAUAGUCAUCCACUAUUAUAUUCCACGUGGCAUUCAAAAGGAGGAGCAUCCCAGCCCAGGUCAACCAUAUGAAGGAGCAUCCCGGACAGCCUACCUUCCAGACUCCCCGGAGGGCAGGAUGGUGCUGGGCCUGCUGAGGCGAGCCUUCGAUCAGAGACUCAUUUUCACCAUCGGACGCUCCACUACCAGUGGCAGAAACAAUACAGUCACAUGGAACGAUAUCCACCACAAAACCUCAACACAUGGAGGACCGACUCACUACGGAUACCCCGACCCCGAGUAUCUCAGCCGAGUUCGAGAUGAGCUGAAGGUCAAAGGAAUUGAGUAAGUUUAAGGUAAAAGACGCAGCCGUCCCAGACUGACCGCUGCUCAUCACCAGCUGAAGGCACACGAAGCGUUUCCUCUCGCUGUGCUUUCAUGAGUCGUGAUUUUUGACAAGAAGCCAGUUUAAGUUGAUUCUCCAUUAACUCCCCCCCCC